AUGGGUGAACUUCGAGAACUUAGGUAUAUUGAUUCCAUGGGAUCUUGGGAUGAAUUGAAUCGACUGAAUCUUUGCUUUCUCGGCAUGGCAGUGAUGUAUGAUCCUCCGAGAGAUACUGCUUUCAAAGCAUUAUCCACAAUGAGAACAGCAGGAGUGAAAUGCUUUAUGGUUACUGGUGAUCAUCCAUCCACAGCAGCUGCAGUUGCUAGCCAUUUUGGUUUGAUAGCUUCACGAACAUCUAUUGUGUCAUUGAAUAUGGAAGCCGAAAAGGAGCAAAAUUUGUUGUCAGUAAUUCACUGUGAAACUUUAAGCACAUUAAGUGAUAAAAAAUGGGAUGAUAUACUGAAGCAAAAAGCUGUUGUGUUUGCGCGAGCAACUCCUUCUCACAAAUUAAUCAUCAUAAAGGAAUGCCGACGGCGUGGUGAAAUAGUAGCGGUCACAGGUGAUGGCGUUUUGGAUGCACCUGCACUGAAAGAAGCCAAUGUUGGCAUAGCCAUGGAUGCUUGGAUCAAACAGUGGUUAGAAGCUGAAAUUUUUUCCGGUAGUGCAUUUGCAAAGGAAGCAGCUGAUAUGGUAUAUACAGACAGUGAUGUGAAACAUAUUGUUGAUGGUAUCGAAGAAGGACGGUUACUUUAUGCAAAUUUGAAAAAAACAAUAGCAUAUACAUUAGCUCAUAUGAUGCCAGAAUUAAGUGCUGUCAUGCUGGCUUUUACUCUCGGAUGUCCAAUUGGUCUUGGCAGUUUACAAGUUCUUUCUAUAGAUUUAAUAACAGAAAUACCACCGUCAAUAGCUCUUACUUAUGAAGCUGGUGAAAAAGAUAUCAUGUGCAGAUCACCUCGAAAAACUACUUCUCGAUUAGUUUCAAAAGCACUACUUGUUUAUUCAUAUAUUUUUGUGGGAGGUAUCAUAUCAGUUGGAUGUUUUAUUGCGUAUUUAUUCGUCUUUUGGGGUUAUGAUAUAACUUUACGAGAUUUGCUUCAUUCAAAUACAAUUCAUUGGCGUCCAAAUGCAAAAGUAUUAGUAACCAGUAGUGGAAAACAAUAUACUGCUGAAAUGCAAAUAUUUAUUCAUAAUCAAGCGAAAGCUGCUUGGCACAUUACAUUAGUUAUGGCUCAGGUAUUUCAUUUUUGGUUAUGUACAACAAGAAGGAUUUCCAUUUUCGAACAUGGUAUACAUAAUGUUGUCGCUAUUUUUGCUGUGCUACUUGAAAUUUUUAUACUAAAUUUUAUGAUCUAUACGCCGGGUAUAAAUCAGUGGCUUGGUGUUCAACAUCCUCCGGCAUUCGUUUGGUUCUUUUGCAUACCUGUUGGCACAGUAUUAAUCGUUUUUAACGAAACUCGAAAAUGGUUUAUAAGGCGGCACCCCUUCAAUAAUAUCGUGAGAGCAUUCAAAUGGUAA